AUGAUAUACAGUCUGAAUCGAAUUACUUGUUUUUUAAUAAUCUGCAUCCAAGUGUCACUUACAUUUGGCACGAUUCCAUUAUCAGAAGGCCUUCAUCAAAUUUAUGCAAGGAAUGCCGCAGACGUCAAAAAGCUUGGAGAUAACUGUACUAGAAACACUGAAUGUGUGUCUGGAGCUGUCUGUCUUGGCACGUGUCGAUGUAGGAAUACACAUGUAUCAGUUGAAGAGCAAUGCUGGAAAAAAGUGGAACCUGGAAAUGUUGGAUGCACAUUCGAUGAGCAAUGUGAAGGUGUCUGGCCGAUGACAACUUGUCAAAGUGGUCAAUGUGCGUGUGCAGAAGAAGAAACACUUAUAGAAACUCCCGAAGGAAAUGUUUGUGUUGUUCCAGGAAACUGUCCAACGAACAACGUGAACGGCGCACUUUAUGAUCGAGCAACUCAUCGAGUGUCCACUUGUCUAACUUUCACUUCAAAAAAAGAAAAAAACACUCAGUUUAUCGGGUGUGAUGAAUAUCCAGAAGUAUAUGAUUGUAUUGCUGGAACAUGUUGUCCGACACGUGGAAUGACGUGUAUCCAACCAUUGAGUACUGGAGAAACGAAGAAUUCUUCGACAAAUGAGGAUGAACGAUGGUGGUAUAACAGUGCAUCUGGACAAUGUCUCCCAUUCAAAUAUUCUGGAAAUGGAGGCAAUUCAAAUAACUUUUUGACUAAAACGCAAUGUGAAUCUUAUUGUGGUGGAAGAUGUAUUCGUGGCGAUCCGUUACCGUUGGAGGACUCAAUUCCCCCCUCAAAUGACAAUUAUUUCUGUAAAAUUCAUGAAUCAGAUCGUCAAUUGUGCUGUCCAACCCCAUCAUUUGUUUGUAGCAGUUUAGGAGGAGUAAACGUGGAUAAAAAUACAAUGAGACCCUUUUCAAAUGGAUCUCCGAGAAGAGGAGCCGAAGUACUUCAACGAUGGUAUUGGGACACAAAUGAGUUAGCAUGCAAGACUUUCAAAUAUUAUGGACAAGGUGGAAAUUUCAAUAACUUUGGAGAAAAACAAGAAUGUGUUGAUUUCUGCACUGCUGGCCUUUGUCCUCACGGGUCUCCGUUGAAUGAUCCAAGUGAUAAUAUUCAACGAUGUCAAGGACAAGAACAAUGUCCAGAGACUCACGAGUGUAAGAAUACAAUAUGUUGUCCGAGACCAGCUGCCACGUGUCUUCAAACUUUAAAGACUCGAGAAAAGUGUGAGCCGGGAGAGACAACAACGAAAUGGACAUACUCGACAGAACACAAUAUGUGUAAAUCUGUAAUUGCAAGCCGGUGUUUGAUUGGAGAUAACCAAUUCGAAUCGAUAGAAGAAUGCCAAACAGUCUGUUCGAGUGUUCAAGCUCAACCAAAGUGUCCGAUUGGAAGGGCUUAUAAAGGAUCAGAUCAAGUUGUUGUCAGAUGUUCUUCUUUGAAAAGAUGUCCGUCUAAUUAUGAAUGUAUUUAUACAGGAACAGUACAUGCUUGUUGCCCUUCGAGAGAAAACAUAUGUAAUCAAGGACUUCAAGUAGGAACAACCUGUGGAAUGUCAACUUUACAAAGAUGGUAUUAUGAUCCAUCACAUAACAGAUGUAAUCAAUUUGAAUAUCAAGGAUGUAAUGGAAAUGAUAACAAUUUUGUGACUCGAUUGGAUUGUAUUGAAACUUGUCAUCGAUUUGAUUGUCCUGAUGGUGGAGAAGCAUUGGUUGAUUCGAGUAAUGGAAGAGUUAUUGCAUGUGAAAGGAAUGACGAUUGUCCAAGUACUCAUAUGUGUACAAGACAGCUCUAUUCGAAUCGUACAUCAUGUUGUCCAUCCCGUAAAUGGAUCUGUUCCCAUGAUGCAAAUGAAGGAGUUGCCUGUGGAACGCCUUCCAAGAGAUUUUAUUUCGAUGCCAACACGGAAACAUGCCUUCAAUUCACCUAUCUCGGAUGUGCUGGAAAUGCAAAUAGUUUCUCGAAUCGUGUGGCUUGCUAUCAGUUCUGUCAGAGUGCUUCUUGUUCUUCAUCGGAAGUAGUGUAUCAACCAUCAAAUCUUGAUGAACCAUUCGAUUGCUCUCUCAAAACAUGUCCAAGACAUUUCUCAUGUGUCAGAAAUGUGUGGGAUGAAACGAAAAACGUGUGUUGUGGUAGCCCGAAUUUCGGAGUUUGCUCAUCAACUCAGCACCCAAUGCUUCUUUUCAGUACUCAACAACCAAUGUCAUGCACCCCGAAUAGUCAGAAUUCGUGUCCAUUGAGCUUUCAAUGUACGUACAGUUCCAUCCGAAUGUUGUACUUCUGUUGUCGUGACAUCGAAAAAAUUGACAAAUGUCUUCAAGGUUCUCGUCCAGAAAUAUGGCAAAGUACUGCAGAACCAAGAGCUUGUUCACGUGAUUCCCAAUGCCCUUCAACAACUUCUUGUUUUGCUCCAACUCCAUUUUCAUCAGGUCUUUGUUGUGCUAGAAUUGAUGAAAUCUGUCCGGCAACGUUUAUUUAUGACGAACAAAAAUCAUCAGAUGGACAAUGUUCCCCAUUAGAAAAGAAUACUUGUGGAAGAGAUGGACAAUCAGUAUGCUUAUAUUCUGACGUCAAGAAUCGUUUCGUCUGUUGUCGUCGAGAAGCUCGUCAGAUUCAAGCACUCGCAAAGUGUCCUCCUGGUUCGAUAAUGGAGCUCACAAAAACAUAUUGUGAUCCAGAGAAUCCCUGUCCGAAAACUCAUUUUUGUAUGAAGAAAUCAACAGAUCGGAAAGGAAUUUGCUGCCGGCAUCCUAGCUUGAAACGGGUGAUGCCAAUGAAAACAAGAAAAGCUGGAGCAGCGUCAAGAAAACAAACUUCAAGAUAUCGUUGUCCAAAAGGAGAGAAAAUAUUGAAAAUAGACGGAGAAGCGAAGAAUUGUGAAGUUGACGCUGACUGCCCAGAAUUCUAUAAAUGCACAUCACAAGGAGCUUCAUCAACAUAUCAAUCAAUUUGCUGUGGUCUCGAUAUAAAUGAAAUUUGUCCGACAAGAGUAUAUCCGGCAAUUCGAGUUCAGAAGUGUUCAAUGUGUGCAAUCGGAUAUGAAUGUCAUAAGAAUUACUGUUGUCCACAGAAAGAAGUUGCCUGCUCCCAACCAAUCCCUGAAUUAAAUAAUGACAAAGAUUUAGAUGAAUCAAUAAUUCGAUAUUAUUAUGAUUCAGAAACGAAUACAUGCCAUUCGUUUAAUUAUCUCAGGGGUACUGGACAAUCGUCAACUGCUCAAAAUCACUUCUCUGAUCAUUCUUCUUGUAUCGAUAUGUGUGUUCAGAGUCAAAUUAGCGAAGAAGAUCUUCAGUGUCCACACCCAUAUGUAAAUCCUUUGGAUCAUCCACAAAUGUGCAUCACAAGUCUCAAAUCUUGCUCUGAUUCGGAGACUUGUUUGAAGACAACGACGGGAAAAAACUAUGUGUGUUGCCAACAUCCGCCGUCAUUUCAAAUGUUAAUGAAUAAUUUAUGUGGAGCCAGUUAUCAGCCGACACUAAAUAAAUCUGGAAAUCCGAUUCGAUGCUCAUCGAGCAGUCGUUGCGCGAGUAGAAUAUGUCGUCAGAGUCCAGUGUUGAGAUACAGUAUUUGUUGUCAAAGAAGAAUCCCAAAAACACGCCUACUAAUCCGUCCGUUAUCCGAAGGUCAGAUUAGGAAGCCAAUAUGUAGAUCGGAAGUUGAAUCAACUAUGGGUUCAUGCCUACCAAAAUUAUUCCCAGGUGAAACUGAAUGUGAGGUGGAUAGCCAGUGUGUUUCAUCUUCAACUUGUAACGAAAGACGUUGUACUUGUCCAGAGGGAACAGUUCAAUUUAGGAGGAUGUGUGCGUCAGUAUGUCCAAUAUUCUACAAAAACCAAAAUGGAAUUUGCGUAUGA